GUCGAGUGCGGUUGUUUUUGGGCUUCCCAUUUGGCUCUGGGCUUAAUCGUUCGAUUUUGUGACGGGACGUUGAUUUUGGCGCGUAUUUGAACUGAAAGCGAGCAAGUGAAAUUUAAAUUUCAAAAACAACUUAAAAACAGAUAAAGCAAACUAUUGGGAAUUAAUUGUAAUGAAAAUGUUGAGAGACAGUGUAAGUGGGGGGCGCAGGGCGCCAGCGAAUUGAAGGGACGCAAAGUUCCAGUUAGUGCAAAUUGUAAAUAUUUACAAGACGUAGAGCCAAGCGAUGCCCAACAAGGCCAGGUCGACAGCUGACUACGAUUCACAGGAUGAGGCCAACACAGAGCUGUUGGAGAAGCUUAAGCAUCUCGAUCGGCGUGUUGAGGCUGUUGAGAGCGGAGGCGGUCUGUGUAGUCGCAGUUCGGCCUGUUGGCAGUCCCUUAAAUGGAAAUCAGCUUUAAAUCAUAUUGGACUGCUCGUCUCGCUGUCCAUUUAUUGCGGCGUGGGCGGAUUGAUCUUUCGCCAUUUGGAGCGACCCGCGGAGGUGGAGCGUCUGACACAGCUGAAGGAUGUGGUAAAGACACAACGGGAGCGCUUUAUGAGCACCAUUCUCAACAACACCGAGGUGAACAAUCUCAAUGAGCUGCUAGCCUUUGAGCUGGCCAAAUAUGAAGCGGCCGUACAGCAGGCGGCCGAGGGCGGGCUGCUUAUCUUAGCCGAUAAAGACUUUCCAGAGCCCUAUGAGCGCUGGAGCAUACUGCAAGCUGUGUUCUUCUCAUCAACUGUGUUAACCACCAUAGGCUAUGGCAACAUUGUGCCAGUUACGAUCAGUGGUCGGGUGUUUUGCAUUUGCUUUGCCCUCAUCGGAAUACCCUUCACGCUGACAGUCAUCGCCGACUGGGGCAGACUCUUUGCCAGUGCCGUGUCCGUCUUCGGCAAACAUAUGCCCAAAAAACCAAAGUUCACGAACUUUAUUGGAAAGACCUGGUUCUACGCGAUUCUGGCUGUAGGAUUUCUGGGUGUCUAUUUGGCUGCUGGGGCUGGACUUUUGCUGCUCUGGGAGGAUGAUUGGACAUUCUUUGAUGGCUUCUACUUUUGUUUCAUAACGAUGACAACAAUUGGCUUCGGAGAUCUCGUUCCCAAGAAACCCAACUAUAUGCUACUCUGCACACUGUAUAUACUCAUUGGACUGGCAUUAACUUCGACCAUUAUUGAGCUGGUGCGUCGUCAGUAUGCGACCAGUUGGGCCAAGCUGCAGGAACUAUCCGGUCCCAUGGCGGAGACAUUACGUCGUCUGGGCGAAACGGCGGGCACGGGCCUUGACUAUGCGACAUUGCAAAAAGUUUUAACCGUAUCCAUGCCCAAGUGGAAUAGCAACAAGAAGAACCAACACAAUUCGGAUAUUGCCGCCCUGGAGGCCAUCACAAAUGCCAUACUCAAGGAGGUGAAGGAUGCACAGAAUAGCAAGCCUAAAGUUCUACAAAUUGUCAUCUACGAGUCAUCCGUCUAGAACUCAGGACUCCCAUCUCAGUCACAGUCGCAGUCGCAGUCAAGACUUGAGAUUCGCGUUCAAAGUAGAAUUUGAAAAAAUCACAGCAUACUCUUAGGCUUAGACAGAAAAUAUCUUAUAUAUAGAAAGUUGUAGUAAUUACUUUUAGUUAGGUAUCAACGUUGUUGCUGUAAUUCAUGUCAUGUGUCUAUCUACUUUAUGUGGUACAGUCGGCACACGCUAUGUUUGCCGCCUCUUCGUCAUUGCUGUCCAGCCACCGACUUCCAUAAGCUAAUUUGUAUUUAUAAUUGUAAUUGUAAAUUCUAAAUGUCUGGGUAAGCAUAUUGCUCAUACGUACUGAGGUCAGACACACACACACAUACACAUUAGCUAAAAUAUUUUUUUUUUUUUAUUGUUAGUCAAUAUUAUAAGGUAUUAUAUCAUCUUAAGGUAUGAGCUACUAAUCAAUAACCAUGCAUAAAUGUCCAAUAUAAUAAACAACCAAAAAAGACUUAAAAAA